CGUCUCAGUUUACACGUGCACAAGGAAGAUGAAAUUGUGAGUCUUCUCUCUGCGCUCAUAGAUUGUUGCAGAAAAGACCUGAUCGCACACUUCUCUUACCUGGGGAAAACAUAGAAGAGUACUUUAGACUGCGAUGGCAAGCCUGAGUUUCCUGACCAGCUCCUGGGGGAAGGGGCUGCAGGCCGGUCUGCUGAGCGGCCAGCGCUUCUACGUGCUGCGCUCCCUGCACAAGUCAGCGACCAACGAGGCUCUGCAGAUCCCCGCCACCGAGGACGAGACCUUGUCCCACACAAUCAUCCCGCCGGCAGAUGUCGUCGACAAGAGCAGGCUCAAGUCCCUGAAGGAGAUGCCGGGGCCCAGCACCGUUUCCAACUUGGUCGAGUUCUUUCUUCGAGACGGCUUCGGUAGAAUCCAUGAAAUUCAGAUGGAGCACAGGAAGAAGUAUGGAAAAAUCUUCAAGUCUCGCUUUGGACCCCAGCUGGUUGUCUCGGUCGCUGAUCGUGACAUGGUGGCUGAGGUAUUGCGGGCCGAAGGCGUGGCCCCACAGAGAGCAAACAUGGAAUCCUGGAAAGAGUACCGGGACAUGAGAGGGCAUGCCACCGGUCUCAUCUCGGCUGAGGGAGAAGACUGGCUCAAGAUGCGGAGUGUGCUUAGACAACUGGUCAUGCGCCCCCGUGAUGUAGCGUUCUUCUCUGAUGAUGUAAACUAUGUCGUGGAUGACCUGGUCAAGAGGGUGCGAGGUUUGCGUGCAGAACAGCCUGAUGGAAAGACUGUCCUCAAUGUGAAUGAUCUGUUCUUCAAAUAUGCCAUGGAAGCUGUGGCUGCUAUUUUGUAUGAAUGUAGACUGGGAUGUUUAGAAAAGGAAGUUCCUCAAGAAACUCAAGACUACAUUCAUGCUCUGCACCUCAUGUUCAGCUCCUUCAAGACAACCAUGUAUGCUGGUGCAAUCCCCAAGUGGCUCCGGCCCGUUUUUCCCAAACCAUGGGAGGAAUUCUGUCACUCCUGGGAUGGUCUAUUCAAAUUCAGUAUCGAUCAUGUUGAUAAGAGGUUCUCCCAGAUCAAAGCUCAGACGGAGCGGGGAGAGAAUGUGAAGGGUGGACUCCUCACGCACAUGCUUGUUACAAGGGAGAUGAACCUGGAGGAGAUUUAUGCCAACGUUACAGAGAUGCUCCUGGCUGGGGUUGACACGACAUCCUUUACCCUGUCUUGGGCCAGCUAUCUGUUAGCACGACACCCUCACAUACAGCAGCAAAUCUACACUGAAGUCACAGAAACACUGGAGCCGGGAGCAGUCCCCACAGCCAACGAUGUCCCUCGUCUGCCUCUUAUCAGAGGACUCGUCAAAGAGACACUCAGGCUUUUUCCGGUUCUCCCAGGCAACGGACGGAUUACCCAGGAUGACUUGGUGGUCGGUGGAUAUUUCAUCCCCAAAGGGACUCAGUUAGCCCUGUGUCACUACUCCACAUCUAUGGAUGAAGAGAAUUUUGCAGAUGCCCCAGAUUUCCAACCUCAUCGCUGGGUACGGAAAGACACCUCAGAUCGUGUGGACAACUUUGGCUCGAUUCCCUUUGGCUACGGGAUAAGGAGCUGCAUUGGCAGGAGAAUAGCAGAGCUGGAGCUGCAUCUUGCUCUCGCACGGCUCAUUCAGAAGUUUCGCAUUGAAGUGUCUCCUCUCACCGCUGAUGUCAAGGCCAAAACUCAUGGCCUUCUCUGUCCUGCUGAUUCCAUCAACCUGCAGUUCGUCGACAGGGAAAACUAAACACAGCCUUUCUCCAAACAUUCUACUGUGCUGAAUGUUUUCUCAAUGUGCUGAUUCCAUUAUUGAGAGUGCUUAAAUACACUGCUUUUAGUACACCUUCCAGUGUUUCAUUUUAGAUGCCAAGCUGAGGUUUUACUCAGACAAGAAAUCUGUCUUAUCUGUUUGUUAAGAAGUCACAAAAACUGUAUAUAAUGAAAGCUGUAAACACUAUUUUGAAUCUAUACUAUUUUAACUUUGAGGUUUCUCUUUUAGUUUACUGUUACCUCUUGCAUACAUCUAAUACCUCUUGUAUCCUCUUACCACACAUUACUCUCUCUAUUUAUAUAUAUACCGGUGUGUGUGUUUAUAUAUAUAAUGUGUAACACAUACUGCAUUCAUACAUUAUCCUCGUUUCAAAAGUCAAUAUGCAGAAUAUUGCAUGGCAGUUGUGAAUGUAGUGAAAAUUAACUACCAGCAUCUGGGCUCUCAGAAGCUUUUAAUCAGUGAAAAACCACUGAUUGUCUCUACUCCAAACCAAAAUAUCUUUGCAGGUCAAUUUUCUAUGGCACAGAAAACUUUUUGUCCUUCAGAUUCAGGAUGAGGCAUUGCAAUACUUUCAUCACUGUACGUUAUAUGCAUAACAUACUAAAUACAGGUCUUUUCUGCAUCUGAGUCAAAAAACCACAACUAAACAAUUAUUUUAAUGCAACUUGAUAUUGUAGUACUUUUAUUUUUUUUUAAUUAAAUUAAGCAUCAGUUUGAUCAUUGUGUCAGAUAGACAUGAGUUAUAAUCAUCAAAUUGCUCAAAGUAAAAUAUCUGAACUAAUUAAACGUGUAUCUUUUUCACUUGUUUUUUCACAUGUACUGUAUGAAUUUGGAUGAUAGAAUGAAUGUGUUUUGUAUUUUUGGUUUUCAUAUUGCUUGUGGAAAAUGAUUCUACCAAUGUACUGGUUACAUUAUGGUUUAUUUUCAAAUGGCAAAUGCCUGUCAAUGAACAGUUGGUAGCAAAGAAAAAGACAUGUUGUUUGAAGGAUCAGUGGUUGAAGUGAAGGAAGAUGGAACACUUUUUUUUUUAUAAGAUUUUGUAUCUACACUUUUUAUCUGUACCCUUUUCUCUGUAGUUUCAGUGAAACUGAAAACAAUAAACAUGAUUUAAUUAUAUUGCA